AUGGCACUUGACGGGGUCUUGGAUGCUAUCUUGGCGGUUGUAACACUCAACUUAAGAGCCACUGCCAUCUUGUUUACACGAUUCCACCCUCUCGGCAAGCGAUAUCUGAAUUGUAUCUAUGGAAGCGUAGCACUGUAUAUUGGAGGGAUCCUGCUCCGGUUGAUUCUGCCCCUAGGGCCAGCCAGGUCUCUGAAGAGACGCCAUCCAGUGCUUAUAUUACUCCUUGGCUGUUUCGAUCGAACGUUACCCCUUGCAAGCUUCAGCACUGUACUUUUGAACUUGUUAUUACUAGGCGCGGUGUGGGAUUUCCUGUACAGAGGACACUUCGCACACCAGAGCAACGAGCUCUUCUUCUCUUGGCUUGGCUAUGUUGACGAAACGACGGCGAGGAUAGUCGUGCGUUCCCCUAUUUCCCCCGUCACAUAUGUUGAGAUCACUUGGAACCCAUCGCGUUCUGGCGACGAACUGCCGAGGUCGACGACAAUCUCAGUGGCCGAGUCAAACGAUUACGUCGGGACAUUUUCUCUCGAGGGCCUGGAGCCAGACACUGAGUACACCUACGGCACGAACGCGAGCUAUUUGGGCGUCUUCAGAACCGCCGCAGCAUCACCGAAACGCUGGAGUCUCGUCUCGACAAGCUGCAUCAAGCCCUUCUACAGGGCUCAUCAUAAAGCAAUCAAAUCAACUUUGAGGUUGGAAUUGAUUUGUUUGACGAGCCUCGGACACAAAAUUGAUUAA